AUGGACACCCAUUUCAGCCUGUUGACCGUUGCUGCUUCGGCUGUACUCUCUCUUCCUCAUGCGGCCAACGAAACUUGCCUCUUUUUCGGCUGGCCUGAAUCGGAAAUCCUUCCAACUGGAGAACAUUUGCCUUCAGCGGCUGCUGCAAAAGCGAAUUCCUCUUUGGCCACAUCGGACUCAGCAACUGGUAGAGGCGAAUUUUUCGACGAUUCCGCAUCUGAACAAGGAGCCUGGAUGCGUCCAGUAGCCUGCUUUACGGCUCUAUCUCUUCUAGCUGACUUGCCGUCCAAUCUGGCCGCCCAGGGACGCAUGUUCUAUCCAGUUUCUUCUCAGCAGACGCCUACUAAUAUACCCAUUACUGCUUCCAGCACCAUUUGGCGUCGUCUAGUAGUUGGCUCUGUUCAUCUACCUUCUAUUGAGAGUAGAUCGCCUCAAUGGGUACCCAGCGCGGCUGAAGCCUGUCUCUUGGCGCUGCAUCAUCUCUGGUUUGCAGUGCUGCAAGCUUUUUGUUCAGAUGAAUUGCUGACCAAGUUAAUUUCGGUAAGUCAUUUUAUUAUCAAAUUUACUUUCGUGGGUAUAUGUAGCACUCCUCAGUCCAUUAUCUUAUUUUGGUGUAUUUCAAAAUAA